AUGGCAAGUCAGCAAGAAACAUCUUUCUUAAAAUCUUCCUACUCCAAUUCAACACAAAGAACCUGGAAGUAUCACAUUUUCUUGAGUUUUAAGGGUGAAGACACUCGUAAAGGCUUUACAGAUCAUUUGUACCAUGCUUUAGGUAGGAGUGGGUUCAAAGUCUUCAGAGAUGAUGAAGAACUUGAGAAAGGAGAAGUCAUUUCAAAAGAACUACUCCAAGCAAUUGAGGAAUCUAAUUUUGCAAUUGUUGUUCUCUCCAAAAAUUAUGCCUCUUCUUCAUGGUGUUUAAAUGAGCUCCAGCAUAUUCUUUACUCAAGAGAUAAUCUUUGUCAACAAGUUUUCCCCAUAUUUUAUGGUGUAGAUCCAUCUCAUGUACGGCAUCAAACAGGAACUUUUGCUGAAGCUUUUGCUAGGCAUCAAAUGCUUCAAAGGGACGAUAAGGUCAUGCGAAAUUGGAGAGAUUCCCUCACUAAAGUUGCUAACUUAUCUGGUUGGGAUUGCAAGGAUAGGCCUGAAGCAGAAGUUAUUGACACGGUAGUUAAGGAGCUGUGGACCAAAUUACGUUCCAGACUGCCACCUUAUGGUGAUGAACUAAUUGGAAUUGACAGUAAAGUGCAGAAAAUGGAGCCACUGUUGAAGAUAGGUUUGAAUGAUGUUCGCUUUGUAGGAAUAUGGGGCUUACCGGGUGUGGGUAAGACAACAAUUGCUAGGGCUGUUUUGGAGAAAUAUCGUGGCCAAUUUGAAAUUAGUUGCUUUCUUCAUAAUGUUAGGGAAACUUCAGAAAGAGAUGGUGAGGUUCACUUACAAAGUAAACUUCUUUCUCAUCUCAAAAUUAGAAACAUGGAAAUUGAAGACACCUAUGAAGGGAAGAAAAUAAUCCAAAACCUUUGUUGCAACAAAAAAGUUUUACUUAUCCUUGAUGAUGUUAGCCAUACAACCCACUUAGAAAAUUUGGCUAAUAGCCCGAAUUGGUUUGGUGCUGGGAGCAGAGUGAUCAUAACAACUAAAAAUCGGCACUUAUUGCGUAGAGCGCAUGCAGUGCAUGAACAUGAGGUUAAAACUAUGAACCCACAUGAAUCCCUUGAACUUUUCUGUAAGAAAGCAUUUGGAAGACGUGAACCUCAAGAGAAUUUGCUGCAGUUGUCUAAAUCUGUUUGUGAUUAUGCAGGAGGCCUUCCUUUAGCUCUCUCUGUUUUGGGUUCUUUCUUUUGUGGAAGAAGAAGUGUGCCAGAAUGGGAAGAUGCUUUGGAUAUGUUGAAGAAAGAUCCACAUAAAGAUAUUUUUAUGCCACUUGAAAUGAGUUUUAAUGCGUUAACCUCUAUAGAAAAGACAAUACUUUUAGAUAUUGCUUGCUUCUUUAAUGGCUGGAGCAAAAAGGUAAUAACACAAAUAUUGGAAAGUUGUGGUUUUAAUGCAAAAAUUGGAAUAACAACUCUUCAUGAGAAGUCUAUGCUAAACGAUUAUGACAAUCAUUUAGUGAUACAUGAUUUGCUAGAACAAAUGGGUAAGAAAAUUAUUAUAGAUAAAUCUUCUAAUGAGAUCGGAAGUCGUAGUAGAUUGUGGUCCAAGGAAGAUAUUGAUGAAGUUAUGGAAAACAAUUUGGGCACAAAAGAAAUACAAGCUAUGGUUUCAUCCACAUCUUGUGAGGCAUGUUGGGAUUCUGAAGCCUUUUCAGCAUUGGGUAACCUCAGGUUACUCAUGGUAUCAAAUACUCUUCCUUUCGGAACUCAUCUUGCCAAACUUGUUGAUCUUAGAAUGCGUGAUAGCAAAUUAAAGAAAUUUUGGAAUAAAAGCUUGUGCUCAAAGAAUUUGAAGUUUUUGGACUUGAGUUAUUCCAAAAACUUGAUUGAAAGUCCUGAUUUUUCUGAACUUCCAAACCUAGAAAGAUUGGAACUUGAAGGUUGUGAAGAUCUUGUUGACCUUCAUACUUCAAUUGCACAACUCAAAAAGCUCCAAGCGUUGAACUUAAAAGGUUGCAAAACUCUUAGAGCUUGUUGUCCAAAAAAAUUGGAAAUGACUGCUCUGAAAGAAUUUGUUCUUUCUGGAUGUCUUCAAGUAAAAUUUCUCCCAGAGUUUGGAGAAAGUAUGAAAAAUCUAGAAACACUUGAUGCUGGGGAGACAAAUUUAGUCAAACUUCCUGAGUCACUUGGCUUAUUGAUUGGUCUUAAGACUUUGAAAUUAAGGGGCUGUAAAAAUCUUGUUUGCCUUCCUCAAAGCAUUCACAAUUUGAAACGUCUUGUAGUUAUUGAUAUAUCUGGCUGCUCAAAGUUUGCUAGAUUGCCAGAAAGGUUGAAUGAAAUUGAAGGCUUAGAGGAGCUCGACGCAAGUGAAACCGAUAUAACAGAGAUACCUCCUUCCAUUGGUGGUUUAGAGAAACUCAAGAAAUUGUCAUUUCGUUGGUGCAAAAGGUCAAUGUCAUACUCUUGGAGCAUGAUUCUUCCUUGGAGGCAUUCAGUUCAUAACGGCUUAACAUUGCCUUCUUCAAUACUGAGUAUUAAAUCAUUGAUAGAAUUGGAUUUAAGCUACUGCAGGAUUGAUGAUGCAUCCGUUCCGGAUGACUGGAGGGGCUUAUCAUCAUUGGAGAGAUUAGAUCUGAGUGGAAACAAUUUUAAGAGUCUACCUGCUGGCUGCAUAUCUAAUCUUUUGAAAUUGAAACGUCUGGAUUUAAAUUCUUGCUCAGAACUUCAGUCGUUGCCGCAGCCUCCGCCAAGUUUAUGUUUCCUGGAAGCAGAAGAAUGUGCUUCGUUGGAAACAGUGGGAGGUGAACAAUUAUCACAUCUCUUUGCUUCAAUGGACCAAUGGGAGGUGAAAACAACGCCUUGGAUGGAUGAAACUCUUUCGGUGACUAUUCCUGGACGUGAAAUACCAUCAUGGUUUGAGAAUCAAAUUGAUCUUUGUCCGGAUGAAGAUGGUAGAGCUUUAUUGAUUGUAGACAUACCUUCUUGGGAAGAAAUGUUGGGAAUUGGAUUAUGCAUUCUGUUAGAAAGUAAGUUUUAUAAUUCCACUGAACCCGACACCAGAGAAUCAGCUUUCUUGUGGUGGAUUGUUGAUUUUGGUAAAAAUCCCGAAAAUCGCAAGAAGAUAAGGGCAUUUGAUUGUGAUGGUGAGAAGAAAAGAAAGUCUUGUCACCGUUGGCUCGCGUUUUGGAAAUAUACAAAGGAAUUCUGUGCUAUGGUGUACUCAAGGAAGCAUAGUCAGAUUCCCUUUUAUCUUAAUGCGGGCCGUAAUAAUGCGAAAGUUUCAAUGAAGUGUGGAUGGCGUGUCAUACGCAAAAGUGAUUUUGAAAACAGCGGUAGCUCAAUAAUGAGCCGAAGUCGCCUUCCAAAAUGGGACCACCUGUACCAAGAUCUUCGUAUGCCUGGCCCCCCAUGUAUGCAUACAGCAUUUUACAGGUCCACUGCAUUCACGAGGUAUGGUUCCAUAAUGCUCCCUGGCCAAGGUUCAGGUUCAAGGCUCGAGAAAUUACAGAAGAGACCAAUCCAGCAAAAUGACGAUGAAGGAUUAGACGAGAUAGAACGCUACGUUUUGCUGAGGUUCCCAUAUUCGAUUCGAGGUUGCACAUGUUCAGAUUCUCCUAACUCUCAUCUAUGUUUUGUUUGCCCAUUUCUCUCGAUCCUCCACCUCCGGUUGUCAUCUUCUCCAUAUCCACCAUCUCCAUCUUCAUCGACCACCGUCUCGGUCCUCUCAAUUCCACCAUCGAUCUCCUCUCGUCCUUCAGUUGCAAUUCCGUCGUCACUUGCUGAGAGCCAUGAUCGAGAGCCCUGUGAACCUCGGUGA